AUGCUGUCAGAAAAAGAGGAUCAACAGACUAGCUUGGAACCAGUUCUUUCAUUUUCCAAAGAUGAUUUAGAAGAUAAAAAUUUACAUGUUUUAACAACAAUUAUAUCACCUAAUGGUAAAGAAGUUCAAAUCACCAAUAAUGUUGAUCAAGCUAUGAAAUAUGCACUUGAACAUCAAAAUGAUGGAUUUGAAUUAGAUGAAGCCACCAAUAAAAGGAUUUUAAGAAAAAUUGAUACUUUUUUAUUACCUGUUAUGUGUUUAUUAUAUUGUUUUCAAUUUAUGGAUAAAUUAAGUACAAGUUAUAGUUCAAUUUUAGGAUUAAGAGAAGAAUUACAUAUGGUUGGUGAUAUGUAUAGUUGGACUUCAACUUCUUUUUAUUUAGGUUAUUUGGUAUUUGAAUUUCCUGCUUCAAUGUUAUUACAAAGAUUCCCAGUUGCUAAAACUGUUAGUGUUUUUAUUAUAAUUUGGGGUAUGAUCUUAGCUUUAUGUUCAGUACCAAAAUAUCCUGGUUUUAUUGCUUUAAGAACUAUCUUGGGAAUGCUAGAAUCUGCAGUUACACCAGCUUUUACAAUUAUUACUUCCCAAUGGUAUAAAAGGGAUGAACAAUUUUUAAGAACUGCUUGGUGGUUUGCUUCAAACGGUAUUGGAACUAUUGUUGGAUCAGGUAUUGCUUAUGGAUUAUAUAUUCAUCAAGAAUCUUAUUCAUUACCAGCUUGGAAAUUAGUUUUUGUUGUUACUGGUGUCUUAACCAUAUUCCUUGGAUUUGUUAUUGCGACUCAUAUACCAGAUGCUCCAACUAAAGCUUGGUUUUUAACUGAAGAAGAAAAAGUUUUGGUUGUUGAAAGAAUUAGAUCAAAUCAACAAGGUUUUGGAAAUCGAAGAUUUAAAAAGAACCAAUUUAUUGAAGCUUUAACUGAUCAUCGUACUUGGUUAUUUUUCCUUUAUUCAUUGUCAAGUAAUAUUCCAAAUGGUGGUAUUACAAGUUUUGGUACUAUUUUAUUGAAUGAACAAUUUGGUUUUACUAAAUCUAAAUCUUUAUUAAUGCAAAUGCCUCAAGGUGCUGUUGAAAUAGUUGGUUGUACAUUAUUUGCUUAUUUUGCAAAAUUUGUUAAAUCAAGAAUGUUGGUUGCUAUUGGUACUACUGCUGUUGUUGUUAUGGCAGAAUGUUUAUUAGCUUUUGCACCAUCAAAUCAAGGUAAAUUAGCUGGUCUUUAUUUAUAUACACUUGGACCAAUUGGAUUUAUUUGUCUUAUUUCACAAAUUGCUUCUUCAGUUGCAGGUCAUACCAAAAAAAUAACAGUUAAUGCAAUUUAUUUAAUAGCUUAUUGUGUUGGAAAUUUAAUUGGACCUCAAACUUUUAUAGCUACUCAAGCACCAGAUUAUAAUGGUGCAAAAAUUGCAAUUGUUAUAUGUGGAAUUAUUUCAUUAUUAUGUCUUAUUGCAAUUUAUAUUUCAUAUAUUUUGGAAAAUAAAAGAAGAGAUAAUUUACCACCAGUUGAUAUGUCACAUAUUGAAAAUUAUGAAUUUGCUGAUUUAACUGAUAAAGAAAAUCCAAAUUUUAGAUACGCUCUUUAG